AUGGCCAACGACAGCUCCUUCAAUGAGUUCCUGCGUCUGGAGUUUGCAGACACACGGAAGCUGCAGCUCUUCCACUUCCGCCUGUUCCUGGGCAUCUACCUGGCUGCCCUCCUGGGCAACAGCCUCAUCAUCACAGCCGACCUUGGCUCCAUCUCCACCACUGUCCCCAAAUCCAUGGCCGAUUCCCUGUGGGACACCAGGGCCAUUUCCUACUCAGGUUGUGCCACCCAGGUCUUUUUCUUUGUCUUCUUUAUGUCAGCAGCGUAUUCUCUUCUCACUGUCAUGGCCUACAAUCACUACAUUGCCAUCUGCAGACCCCUGCACUACAGGACCAUCAUGGGCAGCAGAGCUUGUGUCCAAAUGGCAGCAGCUGCCUGGGCCAGUGGUUUGCUCAAUGCUCUCCUGCAGACUGCUAACACAUUUUCCAUAUCUCUCUGCCAAGGCAAUGCCCUGGGCCAGUUCUUCUGUCAACUUGCCCAGCUCCUCAAGCUCUCCUGCUCAGAUGCCUACCUCAGGGAAGCUGGGUUUAUUGUGGUUAGUAUCUGUUUAAUCUUUGGGUGUUUCAUUUUCAUUUUGGUGUCCUAUGUGCAGAUCUUCAUAGUCGUGCUGAGGAUCCCCUCUGAGCAGGGCCAGCACAAAGCCUUUUCCAUGUGCCUCCCUCACAUGGCCGUGGUCUCCCUGUUUGUCAGUACUGGCAUGUUUGCCUACCUGAAGCCCCCCUCCAUGUCCUCCCCAGCUCUGGAUCUGGUGGUGGCUGUUCUGUAUGCGGUGGUGCCUCCAGCAGUGAACCCCCUCAUCUACAGCAUGAGGAACAAGGAGAUCAAGGAUGCACUGAGGAAACUGUUUCAAGCGGUAGUAGUUCAGCAGCAAUAA